CCCCUCCCCGCCAGCCCUGGUCGGAGGUCGCAGCGCCCCCCCAAGUCCGGCGCCGUGGCGCACGCGCGGCCGCUCCCGCCGCCAACUUCAGUGGGUGCGAGUCGGCGUCGGGGGACGAGGUCGCGGGCGGAGGCUUCGGGGACUCUGCCGAGUGCCCACGGUGCGGGGGCCUGCCUGCCAGCAGCCGCCAUGUCCCGUGAGGCAGCCUCGUGCCGCCGGGGCCCUGGGGCUCGGGUCCGGGCCCGGAAGCCCAAGAAGCCCCACUACAUCCCGAGGCCCUGGGGCAAGCCCUACAACUACAAAUGCUUCCAGUGCCCCUUCACCUGCCUGGAGAAGUCCCACCUCUACAGCCACAUGAAGUACGGCCUCUGCGAGGACUCGCUCUCACUGCUGCUUGGCUCCCCCGCCUGGGCGCGCCGCUGCACCACGGCUGCGCCCACCCCAGGCCUCCCCUCGGGCCCCAUGGACCCCAGCAGCUCCCAGAUGCUCCCAGAUGCUCCCGCCAAUCCCGACCUCGUCACCGACGUCCUCUCCCUGCACCACCAUGUCAGAGGCCCUGGAGUGGGGGCAGAGGGGUCCCUGGGGACGCCAUCCCCUGCAGCUAGGGAUGCCCAGAAGGGUGCAGGCCUCGGCAGGCUCCUGGCUGAGCCAUGGAAGCCGGAGCCGGGCGGGGGCCCAAGGUGCAUGGCCGUGGUGGAUGCAGCCGCAACAGGCUCUGAGCGUGGCAUCCCCUGCUACCCCCCACCCGCACCCAGCGAGCUCCCCGAGGCCCAGAGGCUUCACCUGUCCCUGCUGGGCAUCAACUACCCUCUAAGCCCGGGGCUUUUCUCCUACCUGGGGCCCUCCCUGGCUGCUGCAGCCCACAUGCCCUUCCUGGCCUCGGCAGGCCCCCUGCUGCCCCCCACCACUACCUUCCCUGCCCCACAGCCCCCUGAGCGCCCCACCCUGGUCCCCAACCUGUACUACCCCCUGCUCCUGGAACACACUCUGGGGCUGGCGACAGGCAGGGCUGCGCCCAGCAAGCCCCUUGCUCCCCCUAAGGGGCCUCCUGGGACUCUGGCCCCGGAGCUGCUGAAGGUGCCCAUAACCAGCCUAGGCAGGCCCUGGCCCCAAGGUGCCCCUGGGGACCCAGGACAGGAGGGGGAGCUGGAGCGGGCUGCCCAGAGCGACCCCGAGAGGAAGCUGCUCCUAGGAAGCAGGCUGGAGCCCCAGAGGACCCCCUCCAGCACAGUGAAGCUUGGUUCCCAGAGCAGCCUGUGCACUGGCCCCUCCGUGAUGCUCCGGCCUGAGGACAAGGAGCCAGGCGACCCUGAGACCCCAGACCCCAGGGUCCCCCUUCCCCAGCAGCCGCUGGGCCUGGAAGUGGGGGGCCCUGGACACGUGUGCGCAGACCUGACUCAGGCCCUUGGCGACUGUGCCAGGGUGGAGCAGCACCUGGGGUGGUUGGCGCCUGCCGGAGGCCUGGCCCCAAGGCCUCUGUGGGAGCGGCUGGGGAAGAUCCGCGCGGAGCUCUUCACCAUCCACCAGGCGCUGGAGCAGGCGGUCCGGCCACCAGACGCUCCCCUCGACCUCUCUGUGAAACGGGCGCCUACCAAGGGGCCCAAGGGACCCUCAGGGGCUUGGGGGCUGCCAGAGCUGGGCCCCACACUGGCCCGGGGGACCCCUGAGCCGCCCAGCAUGCUGGGCCCCACAGCCAAGGCUUUCUCCAGCCGCGCCACCAAGUGCGAGGCUGACUCCAGCGUCCCACCCCCAGGCCUACCCCUCCAAGCCCCAGAGGACCCCGUCAUUCCCGGCAGCAGCUGGGGCACCCGAGGUGGGGCUGGGGGCCCCUGGCCCCCUGAGGCUGUCCCCGGCCUGUAGGGCCUCCC